CCAUUUUUGUGCAAACGAAAUGAGCAACGUGCCUCCUCCAUCCAACUACUCCUCCUCCUACCCUCCAUUGUUUCGCCCAAACAGCACCCCAACCCAUGUCGUCGACCAAGAUGACCCCACCACGCACAACCCAGGUUCGGACCCCCUGCCUGUGAUCGACCUCCAUGGCUUGAACCAUGAUGCCAAGCACACGCUAGCCGAAGCUUGCAAGGUUUGGGGCAUAUUUCGUUUGGUCAACCAUGGGAUUCCAAUCACCCUCUUGAACCAGCUUCAUGACCAUGCCAAGGAGCUCCUCUCUCUUUCCUUUGAGUCCAAACAAGCCCUUAGGAGUGGCUCUAUGUCCUACUUUUGGGGCACCCCUGCCCUUACCCCUUCUGGGCUAGCCAUAGCCACAGAGAGGAGUCCUAGUUCCCUAAGCAUUAACUGGGUCGAAGGUUUUAAUGUUCCUCUGAGUCAACUCUCUGUGCUUCAAGCUGAUGGAGAUCCAAUUCUUGAUACUUUCAGGUAAAUUUUUGCCUUUGCUUGCUUGUCACCUUUUAAUGAGCAAAAGUUUGAGCAAUUAUUGGCUCCAUAAAUGGUAAUAAUCUCAUCAUGCUACAAACAGAUCUGGAUUGGAUCAAAUAGAUCUCGAUUGGAUCGUUUAUUUUUGCAGUGUUCAUAAUCUGCACAAAUAAAAGUUUAAAUUUAUGAGCAUUGUUAUAUAAUAUUAUGGUAAUUAAUUAAAAUAUCUAAGGUAUCACUCUU